CGAAAUCCACUUCCCUUUGCCGCUGAAAGAGGCUACAAAGGAGCAAUACAACUUUUGAUCGAGCGCGGUAUAAGCAUAGACCAAACCUCUAAUGUUGAUGCCACCGGCCCAACUGCAUUAGUGCUCGCCACAACCUCGGGCCAUAAAGAUAUGGCAUCUUUUCUUAUUGAACAUGGCGCUAAUAUUGAAGCAGUGGAUGAGCAU